AGUUGACAGUGUACUCCAUGUUAUGUCCUCGGCCGAACGAGAUUGAGUUUGUGAGUUACAUAACCGGGGGUCAGCCUCCGUUAUUUGUUGACUUGGAGGAACUUGUGUUGGGUGAGGAUGGGCAACCAACACAGGAUGCUUUGCGAAGCCAGGCCGAAAAGCUUGCCUCCACAUUGGAAGAACGAGCGGAGGCAGCCCGAAUAUUUAAAGACUCUACACCACCUCCACCGUCUCCUCCACGUGCACCGCCUGCAGUUCCAGAUGGGUCUGGUGUUGACCCAUCUUCAGCUUCAGUUCCAGAUCAUUGUGGUGUUGACCCACUUGCAGCAUCACAGGGUCCUCCUGUUCCCCCGUCAGCUUCUAUUCCCAGCACCUCGGAGGCUCGCGAUCCAGUAUACCCUGCCAUUUUGGCAAGGUUGGAGACUGUGGAGAGGGGGCAGGCCACUCUGCUAAGAGGACAAACAGCGAUUAUGGAUCAGUUGAAGACCAUAAUGACGCUCCUGCAAGAUCCUGAAAGGCCGGCAGCAGAUUCACAGCCACAGCCACACCCACAACCGGAAGAGGAGGCUCGGACACCGGAAGAUGACUUCAUUCUCCCAAAUGAUUACCAACCGGAUGAUGAUGACAUGUUCUGUACACCUGAGAAGACGAAUAUCACCAGCAUCGGGGAUACUCAGGAUUCUGAGGUGCAGGUGUUAGAGACAGCUCCAGAAGUCAUGGAGAACUGGAGGAAGAGAAGGCGGCCUAGGUGGUUCGCUGAGUACACUGAAAUGAAGAAGAAGGCUAGGGCUACUUCGACACUCGUGAAUACGGACCCACUUAGAGUGGUUGAUCGGAAGUUGCUCAAGACUUUUCACAAUUGGGUACUCGGCCAGAUUGGGAACAAUUACCCGAGAGAGUGCUUCACCGGUCGAUACCAUUCGUCUUGGUUCCUCGAACUACAUACUCCGAAGUUUUGGCUUGGGAACGAUCAUUUGGAUGCGGCAUUCCAUUUGAUGAGGAGGCGGCAACACUUUUAUCCAGAGGCCUACCCAAAUAGAUGUGUCAUCAUGCAGUGUAUUUUCCCAGCAGGAGUUAUUGCUCGGUGGGAAGCUGCGGGUGAUGAGCAGGCUAACUAUCAGUGGGACGAGAGCAUAUUAGAUAUGAUUCGAGGGGAUGAAAGUCAAUUCUUGGCUAGUUGGCAGAACAAGGAGAGAAUAUAUAUGGCCCUCUACUUCGAUGGAGCAAAGCAUUGGGUGGCACUAGAGGUAGAUCUGGAUCAUUGGUUGUUGAACAUAUUUGACUCGAGCCUCGAAUCGAUUUCCCCGAACGAAUUGAAGCGUCACCUGGCAAUGUGGGAAAAAUUACUACCAAAUUUGCUGCUGCAGGCUGGCCUAUUCGAGACUCGUGACAUGAUCCUCGUGCCUCAACUUACCGCCUCAGAGAGCCAGGUCAGAAAUUUCACUUCAAAAGUCAUGGAUCGGGUCGUUGUUCCACAGACAAAGACAAGCGGUAACUGCGGGGUGUACGUGAUAGAGCACAUCAAGCAUAGUAUGCUGGAGACUACGUUUGAUAAUGUGCACGAUGAGAAUAUGAAGAAAUUUAGAGAGCGGUGGUGUGUAGAUUUGUUUUACCAGAAUUUAGCAUGAACAAAUGUGUUUUUUAUUUGGUAUUUAUUAAGAUAACAAUGUAACUGGUUUUUUUUAUUGGUAUGUUUAUGUUUU